AUGAAAAUUUUCUAUAUUGGUAUCGUCAAGUCAAACAGUGACAAGGCGUUUGAGCUUUCGGCGGCCAAAGACCUGUCCCAAUUCGGCUACUUUGAGAAGAAUGGGUAA